AUGGCUGAAGUUAAGAAGAGAACCUUCAAGAAGUUCACCUACGGUGGUAUCACCCUCGAAUCCUUAUUGGAUCUCAAGGAAGACCAAUUGUCAAAGAUCCUCAGAUCUAACGCCCGUAGAAAGAUCAGACGUCAAACACCAAUUAAGCACCUCAACGUCAUCAAGAAGUGCCGUAAGACCAAAGCUGCCGUCACUGAAGUCGGUGAAAAGCCAAAGACCGUCAAGACCCAUUGCCGUACCAUGUUGAUCGUCCCAGAAAUGAUCGGCUCUGUCAUUGCCGUUUACAACGGAAAGCAAUACAACCAACUUGAAGUCAAGCCAGAAAUGGUUGGUCACAUGACUGGUGAAUUCUCCCUUUCUUACAAGACUGUGUCUCACGGUCGUCCAGGUAUUGGUGCUACUCACUCUUCCCGUUUCAUCCCACUCAAGUAA